AUGACCAUUCUAACGAAAUACCAGCAGAAACCAAGGCAUGAAGUAGACUCACUGAGCCAUCAAGACAAAUUUAGUAAAUUAGCUGCAUUUACAUCAUUAAUGCUGGAGUCUCCAUCUCAUGAAUUAUUUGGAUUCAGGAGAAUGGCGAGAUCCUACCUAUAUGGUUCGGCUGAUAAUAAGAGAAAUAUUAAGAGACAGGCUGUAAAACAAGAGCAUUUCUCGAUAAAAAGAAGUAAAGUUGUAUGCAGCAAGAAAACAGAAAUCCCCAUCAUAUCGAAAUAUUCAAAUAAUGACACAACUUUACAUUUUGGUAAAGAUAGAGCACCAAGCACAAAAACUGAGAAAUUACAUGUGUCUGGUGAAAUGUACGAUUCGUCCAACAUUAAAGGAUCAGAAAUGUUCGUUUCGCCUACUGGUACAAAAGUCUUUGACAACGAGGGACAAGGUUUGGAAGCAUUGAUCCUUUCGCAUGAAGGUAGCAAAUUAGAUACUAGUAAAAGAAAUAUUGUGAUUAAAAAUAUCCCUAGCGGAACCGGACUUGCAAGCGUAAUGUCACAAGUAUGCGGUGGACCAUUAGAAAAUAUUAGUUUUCAAACUGCCGAGAAGUCCAUAAACAUUUUGGAGAAUGUAAGAUUGAGCUUUCUUACUGCCGAUGCGGCUGAUGCCUUCAUGAACUAUAGUAAGACAAGGCUUUUCAAAGUAAAUGGAUUCAAUUUGAUCACGGAAUGGGCUCCAUUAAAACAGCAACCUAUUAAUAAUAUUUAUAGUGGAUUAGAGAAGCAACAAGCGCAGUUUUCAACUAAUAUCUGUCGCUCGUUGAUCAUGAAAAAAUAUCCUCAAAAAAAGGAAAUUAAAAAGUAUUGUAAAUGGAUGGAAAAUACAAUGGAUGACUUUGAUCCAUCAAUAAUAGUGGAAGAUUUUGGACAGUUCGGUAGAAUUCAAGAGGUUACACCUAUAAUCUCAAGAAAGCUUUGCGUCGCUGUGAAUUAUUAUAAUAUACUGAGCGCUUUGAAGGCCAUAGAAAGUUAUGAGGAUCCCAAUUCGGAGUUGCACAGGAAAUAUUAUAAGAGCUGGGCCAUAUGGUUUGGAAAAGAUAUAACUGAUAAGCCAUGUAUAGAAUUAUGA